GCCGGUGCUAACGACCCCAAGACUCGGCGGGCUUGUUGACCCCGCGUCAGAUUGGCAGACUUCAAAACUGAAGCGCUUUUCAUAGCUUGGUGCUUAUCCUGACCUCAACUUCACCCUCAAAAGUCUUUCCUCUGGAAGACCAAUCUCGCUUUUACUACUCCCAUCUCCAGUGUGCAAUAAUUCGCAGAAGAAAAAGCCCACCAUGGCUCCCAAGCAACGUGUUAUUCUCGACACCGACCCCGGUGUUGACGAUGUGCUGGCUCUUCUUCUCGCCCUUAGUGCCUCACCUGAGGAGCUUGAGCUUGCUAUGAUCUCCGUCACUUAUGGCAAUGUUCCGCUUCAGAGCUGUCUCCGCAACGUCGUGGCAACGUUCCACGUGCUGGAAAAAGAGAUGAAGUGGCGCGAGGAGACAGGCAAGAGCACUCGCGGCUUCGGUGCCCUCAACACCCAUAAACCCAUUGUCGCCGUUGGUCCGGAGCACGCGCUGGAGGAUGAGAUCCUCGCGGCCGACCACUUCCAUGGUGCCGACGGUUUACAUGGUGUCCACGAGAAGCAACCUCAUCUUUCCCCCGCCGACACCUGGCGCUCUCUAUUCAGCGACGAAGAGCCCCAGGGUGAAAAAGUCGAGCCUCCUUCGUACUCCAAGUACUUCACCCCAAGCAAGGCUCCAGCGCACAAGGAGAUUCUCCGUGUCCUGAAGGAAUCGCCCGAGAACACCGUCACCGUCGUUGCCGUUGGUCCCCUGACAAACGUGGCGCUGGCCGCUGCUGAGGACCCCGAAACCUUCCUGCGCGCCAAGGAGCUGGUUGUCAUGGGUGGUGCCGUAAACGUCGAGGGCAACGUGACCCCCGUCGCCGAGUUCAACUGCUUCGCCGAUACCGUUGCCGCCGCCCGCGUCUACGCCCUGACCUCGCCCAACCCGAGCUCGACCAUGCCCCCUGUCAUCCACGGCAAAUCUUUUUUGCCCCCUUACCCCGCCAAGCUUUCCAAGCAGCUUAAGCUGACCCUUUUCCCUCUUGAUAUCACCACCCCGCUCGAGCUGAGGAAAAAGUACUUCUACGAGACCAUCCAGCCGAUCACCAAGUCCGGCAGCCCGCUUGCGCUGUGGAUCGAGACCUUCAUGACAGGCAUCUUCAACAAAGUCGAAGCCAUGCUUGGCGACGGCAGUGAGCCCGGUCUGUCCCUCCAUGACCCGGCAUGCAUUUGGUACAUGUUGACCCAGGAUGACCCCGCAUGGGAACCCGUGGCGAAGCCGGAAGAUAUUAGAAUUGAGACCUCCGGCCAAUGGACCAGGGGCAUGCAUGUCAUCGACAGACGACAGAGGGCGAAGCCGGGUGAGCAGUCAAGCAAGGUGGAGACGCAUCCGUCGGAUCCUCUGGAUGCGACCACCUUUGACGAUGUCCCCGGAGACGACAUGGGCUGGCUAAGCGUGAACAAGGGAAACAGAAUUAACAGGAUGGUCAAGACCCCCGGCGACGAGAAGUUUGCCGCCAUCUUGAUGGAUAGACUCUUUGGUUGAACCUGCCGGCAGCACUUGUUGAUUUUCUUCUUCUUUUGUAUAUAGAAAGCGAAUCUAUUCCACGCGGAGUUUUUGAGAUCUGGGGUAUCUGAAAUCAAUAUUCGCUGGGUUCCUUAAACCGAGAGCUGGACCUGCCCGUGACACCUUGUUUUAUUUUUUCUUCGUCGGUCAGCAUAAGUCUUAACGGGGAAGUAAGAGGGGAAGAAAGAUCGUCGAUUGGGCAUACCAAUGUAGUAAAAGAAAACCUGUAGCUCCGCGUGUCAAAUGCUAAUGAUGCAACC